AGUCAAAGUACAACACUGUCAUUAUUUGUAAAAAAUGCUUAUUGUAAAAUUUUUUUGGAAUUUUCUUGUAAUUUUAUAAAAGUUUUCCUAAAAAUAAACCCAAAAAAGUUUAAUGAAAACUCUAAAGAAACCUAAGAACAAGUGGUAUUAUUUGCAUCCAGGAAGUUGCCGAAAAUGAACAAACUUCCACAACCUUGUUCUCAUUUUUCCAAUGAACAUUCCACUUUGUUGGACGUCAAGCAAAUUGAUGGGAACAACACAUGUGCCAACUGCCCAUAUAAUGGACCGAAUCUGUGGAUAUGUUUGCAUCGCAAGUGUAUGCAAAUUGGUUGUUCUGAACAGGCAAAUGACCAUAGCACGGAACACUUUCAACGUAGUAAGGAUAAACAUUUGCACUGCAUACAUAUGAAUUUAUCGUCUCAGAGGGCCUGGUGUUAUCUUUGUGAACGUGAGGUGUCCAUUGGAGGUACCGAUCGACAUGUACAUGUAACUGCUGAUCCACUUUUGCGUGGUAUGGCCUAUUCUGACGAGGAGAAUGAUUCAGAUUCUGGUACAAGUGGUGCAAGUACUGGUUUGGUGGGCUUACAGAAUAUAGCAAACACUUGUUAUAUGAAUUCGGCCCUGCAGGCUUUAAGCAAUGUUGUGCCCAUGACCCAUUAUUUUUUACAUUGCAGUGAUUUGGUAGAUUAUACCCUAGAACAGGGUGCUCAUAGAUGUAAGGCAGGUUUAGCUAAGAGCUAUCAACGUUUAAUGCGUGAUAUGUGGCGUAAAAGAGGAGAAGGCAAAGCAUUUUUAGCCCCCCGUAGUAUAUUGUAUGGCAUCCGUUCAGUUCAUCCCAUGUUUAGAGGAUUUCAGCAACACGAUACCCAAGAGUUUUUGCGCUGUUUUAUGGAUCAAUUGCAUGAAGAACUAAAGGAGCAAACCUGCAAUAUUGAGGCCAGAACAAUAGUCUCCUCAUCAAAAGCCUCUACUAUAACAGCAAACUAUGAGGAUGAAGAUACGCCCUCCGAAAUGAGCUCAACCUGCAGUUCAAAUUCGUUGGGAUCAGAUUAUUUAACAUGCGAAAGUUCUGCUUCUGAACAAUCUAGUCUUUGUGAAGAACCCAUCAACACUAAACCCACCAUGAUGACCAACUCUUCGUGUUCUGCUUCUGUAAGUGGAUCAACCAAUACGUCAAAUUCAACAGUUUCUACUUCGGCUUCAACGGUACGUUCAAUUGUUAGUGACAUUUUUGAUGGCAAAUUAUUAUCUUCGGUCCAAUGUUUAACCUGUGAUCGCAUCUCGACUCGAGAGGAAACUUUCCAGGAUUUAUCUUUACCCAUUCCCAACCGUGAUUUCUUGACAGUUCUUCAUCAAACCAAUAGCAUAAGUGUACAAAGCUUGAAUAGCAUAGACUCUACAACAUCGGCCAGGUCCAAUGACAGUUGGUUAUCGUGGAUUUGGAAUAUGGUACGUUCUUGGCUGUGGGGUCCAUCGGUGACAUUGCACGACUGUAUGGCUAGUUUCUUUAGUGCGGACGAACUAAAGGGCGACAAUAUGUAUAGUUGCGAAAAAUGUAAUAAACUACGAACUGGAGUGAAGUAUUCACGCAUUCUAGAUCUGCCCGAAGUUCUGUGCAUACAUUUGAAGCGCUUUCGUCAUGAUUUAUCAUACAGUUCGAAAAUUUCUUCACAUGUUGAAUUUCCAUUGGAAAAUUUCGAUAUGAGAUCUUAUAUACACAAGGAUUGCAAAUCGCAAAUACCACUUUACAAUCUCUCUUCGGUGAUAUGUCAUCAUGGUACAGUGGGUGGUGGUCAUUACACUUGUUUUGCCCGCAAUGCUCUUACCGAUCGCUGGUAUGAAUUCGAUGAUCACCAUGUCAAUGAAGUUCAGCCGGAGGUUGUUCAAAACUGCCAAGCCUAUGUUUUAUUCUAUCACAAAAAUAAUCCUCAAAUGGAGCAUAUACGUUUUGAGGCAAACGAAUUGGCUGCUUCGUAUCCGGUAUCACAGUCCGACAUAAGAUUUUACAUAUCUCGGGAGUGGUUGGCACGCUUUAAUACAUUCUCAGAGCCUGGUCCUAUAAGCAACUGGUCAAUGCUUUGUCCCCAUGGAGGCGUUUUGCAUUCAAAAAUAUCGGUGAUAGCACAGUUGGCAGUACCAAUUUCUCAACAAUUGUGGGAGUUUCUAUAUCGCAAAUUUGGUGGCGGUCCAGCCAUUAAUAUGCUAUUUGAAUGUGAGGCUUGUAAGAGAUCUGCAGAGGCCUUAGCACAUCGUCAACAUUACGAACAUUCCGUUUUCCAACGUUACAAUGACUUGGAACUGGAUUCGGGUGCCAUUUAUGCUGUCUCCAUGAGCUGGUUACGUAAAUGGCAACAAUUUGCCAGAGGUUUGACACACAAGGAACCUGGCGCCAUUAAUAACUCUAGUAUAGUGCCAUCAUCAAAAGAUGCAGGACAAAAGAGUUCGCCAGUGCGUAAUGUACGCAUUGGUUCUGAUUAUGUGCAAAUAAAUGCACCAGCUUGGCGCUUCUUGCACGACAUUUAUGGUGGCGGUCCGGAAGUUCUAUUAAGGCCCUCACUAACGGAAGAGAUCAUUAUUAUAGAUCAAGAUGAAUUGGAUGAGAGUGAGGAUGGUCAAACUGGUAACAUUUCAGACACUGAAAGUAACAUGGGAGGACACAAUUAUAAUUUCCCCGAAUCUAUAGCUGUUAAUACUACAACAGAAAGUUCACUCAACGAAAAUGCAGAAGAGUGUGAGGAUGAGGUUUCCUCGCCUAAUGCCAACAAGAAAAGGCAAAAGCAAAAAGAAAAGUCGACGGGUAAGAAAUAUACCAAAACUUCGCAUGUAACCAAAAAACUAACAUUAACCAAAGGAGCCAAAAACAAAGGAAAUCAAGAAUUAUUUGGCCUUCAAGGUAAAUAUAUAGCAAAAGAUAGUGAAACAUAUUCCCAAGAUGAUGACGAAGAACAAGUGCAGCAGCAACAACAACAAAAUAGCCAUAACGAUAAGCAACAAGAAGCAUUUAUUACAUUGGGUAAUAAAUCGAAAAAAGCAUUCCGCAACGAAAAACGCCAAAAACAGCAGCAGCAACGUAAAACAAAUGUCGCUGCCAAUGUGAACGAGCCAACGGAAAAACGUAAUAAACGUGGUAAAAAAUCGAAAAACUCUGUUGUUUUGAAAACCAUGCAACAAAUACCUGACACAGCUGCCAGUGAUUCCAAUGAAACGGAUAUCUAGAGUGUGACUACAUAUGAAAAACAUAUUUGAUUUCUUUAUAUUUUGUUUCUUCUUUAGUUCGUUGGUAACAACGAAAAACUUGUAAUAAUUAUGUUUAUUUCCAUUUCUUUCUUAGAAAUUUAAUUUAUUUUAAUUAGUUUUUAAUAAAUAAAUAAAAAAAAGGAAAACAAA